GGAGCCGUCGAGUUGGUAUACCCACUAACUGUAUCGCCGGUGAGAGGGAAAAACCUCCCGAGAAAUGGAGAAGUCGUGAGUCCCAAAUCCGUUAAAACUGUGAUGACGUUGAUGGUUGCAUUGUAAUCAUCGAGGGCUUAGUGUGAAGCAGAGUCCCGUGCCUUUGUAGUCUCCAUCCAUUCCAUUCCGCUUCCUUUUAGCCUUCUCUGAUUUCUCAUACCGUCAUAGAUCUUAUCGCCUCCCUCUUUAUAUGCCCACCUGCCUACAUCCCCAUUCUCUCCAUUAGUUUGUUAUAACUAACCCAGCGGAGCACAGUCGAAGCAAAUUCUGCAUUCGGUUUCUAGGUUUACUUCCCAUGGCUUCCUUCGCUGUUCCUUGCCCCAAGUGCCCUUCUCCUGCUCCUCUGAGCUUCAACUCACUGAAUCUUCAGCGGCACUCUCAGAAGCUGCCCAUUCACAAUGGAUUGGGCUUAAUUCUUGGUCAGUCAUCUGGAUCUUCGCUCGCUGGUCCAGCUUCGUCUGGGUUUCAGUGCCUAAACAGAAAGCUAUUUUCAGGAUGGAAGUUACUUGCAAAACUUAAUGAGGCUACUACAGCGGAAACUCCUUCAAAUUCUGCACCUGUGCGUGCCUCUGGAUCUGGAGUUGGUUCAUCAAAAGAGGAAGACGAGCCUAAUGAGAAACCCUUGGGUCCAAGUGCUAUUGCAGAUGCAUCUUCAGUCACAGCGUUCAUGGCUCAAGUAUCAGAUCUUGUGAAACUUGUCGAUUCCAGAGAUAUUGUGGAACUUCAACUUAAGCAGUUAGACUGUGAACUCUUGAUAAGGAAAAAGGAAGCUGUGCAGCCCCCACCAGCACCAAUUCUGGCCCCCGUGUCACCGCAAGUGGCCUACCCUGUGGUCCCUUCUCUGCCACUACCAGCUCCAGCAGCUGGUUCUGCUCCUGCAAACUUACCAUCUUCAAAACCAGCACCUCCCUCACCCACCCCUGGAAAAGCAAGCCCAUCGUCAUCUAUUCCACCACUCAAAUGUCCAAUGGCUGGAACAUUUUAUCGGAGUCCUGCACCUGGUGAACCACCAUUUGUCAAGGUGGGAGAUAAAGUGCAGAAAGGCCAGGUCGUUUGCAUUAUUGAGGCUAUGAAACUGAUGAAUGAAAUUGAAGCUGAUCAAUCGGGAACAAUAACUGAGAUACUUGCGGAGGAUGGUAAAUCAGUCAGUGUAGACAUGCCACUUUUUGUAAUUGCGCCGUGAGUACUGAAAAGGGGCUUCUCUUUGUUGGAUGACGACGUGGAUUUCUCAGGAUAUUUCUCCAUGACCACCGGCCUUCCGAAACUUAUCUUGCGAUUCUGUUAGCUUCAGUUUUAGAAAUUUUUGUAAUGAUUCUUCACAAAGAAAAAACAUAUAUCUAGAGACGUUGGUGGCAUAAAAGAACACACUGAUAUUAAUAUGAGUAGAACUUGCAGUUCUAAACAGUUUUGAACUA